CUCCCCACUUUGAAAUUAAUAUUUGUUGCUGCUUUAUCUGAUAACUUAACUCAUCAAGUAAACCAUAUCACUCUGAAGGUUGCAGGCUGUAUUUAAAUGGAAAUGGAGAGUUCAAUCAAUAUGAAAAGCUCUGGUGAUGUUAAUGGCUCUGAGGAUUCACAUUCUGUUGGAUCAAUAAACAAGUCAGUGAAACUUAGCAAUGGUGUUAAAGAGAAUGAGGAUCUGGGUCUUGACAUUGUCAAUGAUCUUGAUUCAUACUUGGGAGACAUCAAUGAUCGAUUAACCAUUUCGAGAAUGGUUAAUGAUGCUGUCAUUAGGGGCAUGGUGAAUGCAGUUGAGCAAGAGGUAGCCGAUAAGAUUGCUCAGAACGAAUUGGAGCUUACAAAAUUGAGGGAAACAAUGCAGCUUUACCAUGUUGGUUCUGAUGAAAACGAAUCCUUGUUGUCUUAUGAAUCAAAAUAUGAAUCUUUGUGGAAGGAGAUUUCAAGUUUGCGUCAGGAACUGGAUGCCAUUUCGAAAUAUCUGUCCAAUCAUGAAGUUGGGCAGUUGAGUCCUCAUGGGUCCUUGGAUUUUGAUGAGGAGUUGAGCAGUAGUAAGAGAAUAGAUCAUUUGCAGCGCAAAGUUUCAGGGAAUCUUUUUUCAACAUCAACUUCUCUUAGGCAGGGAAAUGGCAAGCAUGAAGAGUCUGUAAUAACUGUUCCUGAAAAUGUGGAUGCUGCACAACUAAAGCACUUGUCAAGGGAAGAGUUGGUGAGUUAUUUUAAGAAUGAGAUGGCAAAAAUGAAGAGAAACCAUGACUACAAAGUACAAGAGAUGACUGAAGAUUAUUAUAGCCUCAAGAGGGAAUUCUUGAAUUUGAAGGAAAGGGGUCCUUCUUUACCAUUGAGGAAGGAUAAGGAUUUUGAUAUCUUGAGAAAAAAGAUCCCUGAAGUCAUUUUGAAGUUGGACAACAUUCUUGUCCCAAAUGAAAAAUUACCUGUGUUCGGUAAUAAUGCUGAUGGUAUUGACUGCUUGAGGGACAGAUUGGAAUCUCUUCUUUUAGAAAACCGCCAACUGAGAGACUUACUUGCUGACAAGGAGGGAGAAGUUAAUCACCUCUCUCCACAGGUUUCUGAUGUAGUGGAGAAGUCACAGCAAUCUUUAACUGAGGCAGACUUGCUGAAGAGGAUUGAAAAUCUUGAAUGUGCUGUUGAAGAGGCUAGUCUUCAAGCAUCAGUCAACGAAGAUGUAUAUAAAUGCCUUCUAAAGGAAGUGACGGGACAGAUUGAAUGCAUCAGUGAAGUGACCAGUGUGGAGCAUGAUAUCAUGAAAGAAAUCUACUACAUUGUAUUCAGAGAUGCUGCAUGCAAUGCUGUGCUUUGCAUGAAAUGUGAACUUGAAGAUUCAGAUUUGGCAUCUAUUGUUGAAGAAGAGGUGUAUGCAAUCAUGUUCAAAGAAGCUAGGAAGAAACUUGGUGACCUAAACAUGAAAGAAAGAGCACUGAAAUUAGAAAAUGAAAAAUUAAAGCAAGAUAUCCUCAUUCUGGAAACAUCUCUUGAUGGAAAAGAGAAGUUACUGCAGGAAACAGCUGGUGAUUUGGAAAAGGAGAAGAAUCAAUUUGAGUUGGUUUCUAUAGAACUUGAUGAGUUAAGGCCUACUUCUUCUUUGUCUUUGUGUGGACAUCCAGCUUUGUUGUGCCCUUGUUCACUACACACACUACAAAUGUACACAGAUCCAUGCUUUGAUAACUUGGUCAAUUUCCCCUUCUUAAUUUUCUUAGGCUCAUCUUUUGCCUUUCUUAUAUUCCUUUUAGGGCGCCCUAGCAUUGAUCUCAUCUCCAGUGGCAAACAUGCUCCUUCUGGCCUCCUUUUCAACACUUCAUUCCCUCUUAGGCAUUCCAGUGUUGUCCCAUAAGUUUAAAGGUACUUUUCCUUUUUGUAGUACUCAUCAACAAAGUACUCAAAACUCU